GGCGCGGGGAAGUCGCCGCCGCGGAUGUGCGUCGCGGUGGCGGUGCUCGUCGCCGGCACCGUCUGGCUCUGCGCGACCUCGGGGGACUUCCUGGGUGGUGGUCGCUCCGGCGGCUACUGGGUUCAGGAUGUUGAUGUGAAUAUGUUGUGGACGACUGCUGGUUCGAAUGGUUGGAGGGCAUCUUCUGCACCACGCUCUUAUUGGCCACCCCCUCCAGCUGAAACUAAUGGAUACUUGCGUGUUCGAUGCAAUGGUGGAUUGAAUCAACAGAGAAGCGCUAUCUGCAAUGCUGUUGUUGCAGCUCGUAUAAUGAAUGCUACAUUAGUUCUACCAGAGCUUGAUACAAAUUCUUUCUGGCGGGAUGAAAGUGGUUUUCCAGGUAUCUAUGAUGUUCCCCAUUUUCUGAAGACUUUAAAACAUGAUAUUCGUAUUGUUACAAGUCUGCCUGAAAUUAUGUCAAAAGGGAAGGCCAAGAAGCUGAAAGCUCAUAAGAUUCCUCCACCUAGAGAUGCCCCAUUAAGUUGGUAUACAACAUUUGCUUUGGAAGAAAUGAAGAAGUAUGGGGCUAUAUAUUUAACUCCUUUUUCGCAUCGCUUAGCAGAAGAUAUUGAUGAUCCAGAGCUCCAGAGGUUGAGAUGUCGAGUGAAUUACCAUGCACUACGGUUUAAGCCACAUAUCAUGAAAAUUAGCAACGAGAUAGUAAACAAGCUACGGUCUGAAGGACACUUUAUGUCAAUUCAUCUUCGAUUUGAGAUGGACAUGCUUGCUUUUGCUGGGUGCAUUGACAUAUUUACACCAGAAGAACAGAAAAUUCUGAUCAAAUACCGUGAGCAAAAUUUUGCGAAGAAAGAACUUAUUUACAGAGAAAGAAGACUCAUAGGGAAGUGCCCUUUAACUCCAGAAGAGGUCGGCCUUAUCCUUCGUGCUGUUGGUUUCGCCAAUUCAACCCGCAUUUAUCUUGCAUCUGGUGAGAUAUUUGGUGGUGAUCGUUUCAUGAAUCCAUUUAGGGCAAUGUUUCCUCGACUAGAUAACCACUCUUCAGUUGGACCUGAAAAGCUGGAAGAAAAUGCUCGAGGCUUGGCAGGAUCAGCAGUAGAUUAUAUGGUCUGCCUCAUGUCAGAUAUUUUCAUGCCCACGUACGAUGGCCCAAGCAACUUUGCAAAUAACCUCAUGGGCCACCGCCUCUAUCAUGGUUUCAGAACUACAAUAACACCAAACAGGAAGGCCCUUGCCCCUAUAUUCAUGGACAGAGAAGAAGGCCGUGUAACCAGUUUCGAGGACCGAGUCAGGCAGGUCAUGUUCAACACAAACUUUGGUGGUCCACACAAGCGCAUUCACCCGGAGUCGUUCUAUACAAACUCAUGGCCUGAAUGUUUCUGCAAUAUGAACCCAAAGAAUCCAGCCGACAAAUGCCCCAGUGAUGAUCCACAUGAAGUUCUAGAUGGUCAGUUGCAGAAUGAAGAUGAAGAUGCAGACUUCAAUACCAGUACCCAAACCGAAGAGACUAUGAUCUAA